AUCACGUCGAAGGUAAAAAAGACAGUACCGCUGCGAUAGUCUCCUCAGUCCAACUGCGAACGCGAGACUGUUCUGAUCAGAGAUUUUAUCCUUUGGAAACACAUCACCAACAUGGACGUUGUACUGAAACUUUUUCUAAUCCUCGCUUUCGCAGCACGCAACACAUUUGCCUUUAUGAAACCGACAUGCAGCAAAGAUUACCUUCGCUUUAUGGUCGCUACUGCAUGUUCAUACGCCAAACGAGAAGUGUCAAAUGAUGAUGUGAUGAAAGUAGUCGAAGAAGAAUUCGACAAACACUUUGACGAUGUGGGAAACUAUGUGACCGCAGACAACGAAAUUUUCCAUGCACCUUUAAAUUACCGGAAUCAUAAACAUUGGCGAGAAGUACCUUUCAAACUAUUCAAAAACAAAAGGACAACGGAUAAAUUCGGAAAUUUUCAGUCUGACUGGCAAAACUUCAUGAAGAUAUCCGACAAUCCGGGAUUUGGCCGCUUCAGAAGGUUGCUAGGUCUGGAGGGUGCUUCAAUGCCUUCAGGUGACAUUGCAGGCAUCCCGGUCCCUUGGAUGAAUAGAGAAGAACUCCAUAGUAAGGGAAUCAAUGGAAACCUUCUUUAUCGGGAUAUUAGGGAUACAGUGAUGAAAUGCUGUACAAGAAAUUGUACAGUUGAUGAAUUUAAACAUCUUUGUGGAUAAAAAAUAUGAUAGAAUAAUCAACAAUGAAACUUGGAUCAGAGACGGCAAUUGAAAAGUUAAUAAUUUAUUGUUUUUUUUAUAUGUCACUUGUAAUAUUAUUUAUUUAUGCCAUGGCUUUGAAUGACAGCAAUGUUUUAGCAGUUUUUAUAUUGUCUUAAAAGAGGUUUUAGUGACUUUAUAUGACUUAUGUUGCAUAAAAAUAAAAUUUUGUCUUUCAAAUUUAAUUUCAGCAAAUGGCAGAAACACUAAAUGUAAAUUACACUUGUAAUGCAAAAAUGAAUUUGUUUGUUGUUUGUUUCAAAUUUGUGUUGUCAAAAUUGUUUCGAAUUAAAAUGUCCAAACUAAA